UAAGACUGUUAGACUGUACAUUGUGUGAGAGGGUUUACAAAAGCAGAACACAUGAAAAACGCUUACAAUAACUCUAACUCAUAACGAUACUAUACCUGAAUUCGGCUCACUGACUGUAACAGAUUUUUCGCAGAUAGUAGUGGGGAAAUCAGUGAAUGACAGGCAGCAGCCUGUCUGCUGCAGGAAGCCAAGAGGCUCUUAAAAGAUAUGGCUUUCUGGACGCAGCUGGGAUUAUUAUUAUGGAAAAACUUCACCUACAGGAGACGGCAAACGCUUCAGUUACUGAUUGAAAUUGCGUGGCCUCUCUUCAUCUUCUUCAUUCUGAUCUCUGUACGUCUUAACUAUCCACCAUAUGAACAACAUGAAUGCCAUUUUCCAAACAAGGCAAUGCCUUCUGCAGGAACACUGCCAUGGGUCCAAGGACUUAUCUGCAAUGCCAACAACCCUUGUUUUCGCUACCCAACACCUGGUGAAUCUCCUGGUGUUGUUGGAAAUUUUAACAAGUCAAUCAUUUCUCGCUUAUUCUCUGAUGCCAGAACGCUGUUGCUCUACAGCCAGAAAGACGAAAAUCUAGUUGGCAUUCGGAAACUUGUAAGAUCUUUGCAAAAUUUCAGGAAUAUGGGACCAGGUUUUAAGCUUAAAGAUUUUCUGACAGAAAAUGAGAAACUUUCAGAGUUCCUCCGUGUCAAUGCUUCCCUGCCUCAGUCAGCUGUGGAUGACAUAUUGGAUGCUGAUGUUAAUCUUGAGCAGGUCCUUAAAAAUGGAUUUGGAAUACGGCUAAAGGAUCUGUGCAGAACCCGAGACCUUGACAACUUUGUUACUAUUGCUAACAAAAGUGUGGCUAAACAGUGUCAAGAGAUCAUCUGUAGUUCUAGCGAGACAUGGCUAAGUGCUGCUGAACAGUCCUUCUACUCUAGCAUUGACAUUGUGAAGCCCAUGCAGAAAGGAGGGACUCCAAGGCCUCAGCAAGUCCAGGAAAUAGCAGAUGCAACUGAUACACUGUUAGAAAAUCUUGGAAUGUUUGCUAAGGAGUUGGCAAGCAUGAAAAGUUGGAGUGAUAUGAGGCAUGAGGUCCUGUUCCUAAUGAACGGCAACAUCACAGGGUCACCCAACCAGAUCUACCAGGCAGUGUCCCGGAUUGUUUGUGGUCAUCCUGAAGGAGGGGGUCUUAAGAUCAAGUCCCUGAAUUGGUAUGAGGACAAUAAUUACAAAGCACUGUUCGGGGGCAAUAACACAGAAGAUGACCAUACAGCAACAUAUGACAAUUCCACAACUCCGUACUGUAAUGAAUUAAUUCAGAAUAUGGAAAGCAACCCUCUGUCUCGAAUGAUUUGGCGUGCACUGAAGCCUCUGCUUGUUGGUACAAUACUGUACACACCAGAUACAGUUGCCACACGGCGAAUUAUGGAAGAGGUGAAUAAGACCUUUCAGGAACUGUCUGUUUUCCAAGAUGUGGGAGGAAUGUGGAAAGAGUUGAAGCCCAAAAUAAGGACGUUUAUGAAGGACAGUCAAGAAAUGAAUCUUGUUCGGAGCCUUCUGAAGAGUAAUGCUAGUGCCAGUAUAUUCAGACAGCAGUUGGAUGGCUACAACUUGACAAUUGAGCAGAUAUCUAUGUUUCUUUCUAAACAUCCAGAAGAUGUGCAUAAUUCAGAUGGUGCUGUCUAUACUUGGCGAGAAGUCUUGAAUGAAACGGAUCAUGCUAUCCAGAUGAUAUCUAAAUUUAUGGAGUGUGUUAAGUUGGAUAAGCUGGAACCAGUGUCUACAGAAGCGAAGCUGAUUGACAAAUCAUUGGAGCUGCUAGAAGACGGAAAGUUCUGGGCUGGCAUUGUGUUUGUAGGAAUAGAAUCGAACAGUACCACUGUACCUCGGCAUGUCAAGUACAAAAUUCGAAUGGAUAUUGAUAAUGUAGAGAGAACAAACAAGAUUAAGGAUGGGUACUGGGAUCCUGGUCCCCGUGCUGAUCCAUUUGAAGACAUGCGUUACAUCUGGGGUGGCUUUGCUUACCUUCAGGAUGUAGUAGAACAUGCCAUUAUCCGCACACUGACAGGAGCUGAAAAACGAACAGGAGUUUACACACAGCAGAUGCCUUACCCAUGUUAUGUAGAUGACAUAUUUUUGCGAGUAAUGAGCCGUUCUAUGCCUCUUUUCAUGACACUGGCUUGGAUCUAUUCUGUUGCCAUAAUAAUCAAAGGGAUUGUUUAUGAGAAAGAGGCCCGCCUGAAGGAAACCAUGAGGAUUAUGGGACUGGACAACGGCAUUUUGUGGCUCAGCUGGUUUAUCAGCAGUCUGAUUCCCCUCCUCAUCAGUGCUGGGCUACUAGUUUUCAUAUUAAAGAAAGGAAACCUGCUACCAUACAGUGACCCGAGUGUUGUCUUUGUUUACCUUUCCACGUUUGCUGUUGUCACCAUUUUGCAGUGCUUCCUAAUCAGCACCCUGUUCUCGAGGGCAAACCUGGCUGCAGCAUGUGGCGGGAUCAUCUAUUUCACGCUGUACCUUCCGUAUGUGCUUUGUGUGGCCUGGCAGGAUUAUGUCUAUUUUUCUGUCAAAGUGUUUGCAAGUCUGUUAUCACCUGUUGCAUUUGGGUUCGGGUGUGAGUAUUUUGCACUUUUUGAGGAGCAGGGAGUUGGAAUUCAGUGGCACAACCUCUUUGAUAGCCCCAUUGAAGAAGAUGGUUACAAUCUCACCACCUCAGUGUGUAUGAUGCUGUUUGACACAUUUCUUUAUGGAAUAAUGACAUGGUACAUCGAAUCAGUUUUUCCAGGCCAGUAUGGAAUUCCCAGACCAUGGUAUUUUCCAUUUACCAAGUCCUACUGGUUUGGAGAAAAGAGUGAGGACCAGUUCCAGCUAGAUUCUAACAAAAAAGAACCUUCAGAAGUUCAUAUUGAGGAGGAACCAACUCAUCUUAAGCUUGGUGUGUCAAUCCAAAAUUUGGUGAAAGUAUACCGCAGUGGCAAGAAGGUUGCUGUAGAUGGCCUUUCCCUUAAUUUCUAUGAAGGACAGAUAACAUCUUUCCUAGGACAUAAUGGAGCUGGAAAGACUACAACAAUGUCCAUCCUGACUGGCUUAUUUCCUCCAACAUCUGGUACAGCCUACAUCCAUGGUAAGGAUAUCCGUACCGACCUUAGCAACAUCAGACAGAGUCUUGGUGUCUGUCCACAGCACAAUGUUCUUUUUGACCAACUUACUGUAGAGGAACAUGUCUGGUUCUAUUCUCGAUUGAAGGGUGUUCCAAAGAAACAGGUGGAGACUGAUAUGCAGCAAAUGAUAGUUGAAGUUGGGUUGCCUCACAAAAGGAAAUCUAAAACAAGCCAGCUUUCAGGUGGCAUGCAGAGAAAACUGUCAAUAGCUUUGGCAUUUGUUGGUGGAUCAAAAGUUGUCAUUCUAGAUGAGCCAACAGCAGGCGUAGAUCCUUACUCCCGUCGAGGAAUAUGGGAACUGCUGUUGAAAUAUCGCCAAGGUCGCACUAUUAUCCUUUCCACUCAUCACAUGGAUGAAGCAGAUAUCCUUGGUGACAGAAUUGCAAUUAUUUCCCAUGGCAAGCUGUGUUGUGUGGGCUCCUCCUUGUUCCUCAAGAACCAGCUGGGAACUGGCUAUUAUCUGACCUUGGUCAAGAAGGACUUUGACUCCUCCCUCAGUUCCUGCAGGAACAGCAGCAGUACCAUGUCUUACUUAAAAAAGGAAGAUAGUGUUUCCCAGAGCAGCUCUGAUGCAGGCCUUGGAAGUGACCACGAAAGUGACACCCUGACUGUAGAUGUUUCUGCCAUUUCCAGUGUCAUUUUUAAACACGUGUCUGAUGCUCGAAUGGUGGAUGAUUUCGGGCAUGAACUGACUUACAUUCUGCCAUAUGCAGCUGCAAAGGAGGGAGCCUUUGUGGAGCUUUUCCAUGAGCUUGAUGACCGUCUGUCAGACUUGGGUGUUUCUAGUUAUGGAAUAGCAGAUACAACACUGGAAGAAAUAUUCUUAAAAGUUGCCAAUGAUACUGGAGUAGAUGCUGAAACCGCAGAUGGCACAUUACCUGCAAGAAGGCGGAGACAUGUCUUUGGAGAAAGGCAAAGCUGCCUGCGACCCUUCACAGAAGAUGAUGAUGCAUUUGACUUCAAUGACUCUGACAUAGAUCCAGAAGCCAGAGAGACCGAUUUCCUUAGUGGAGUGGAUGGCAAGGGCACCUACCAAGAAAAGGGCUGGAGCCUGACGAGACAGCAGUUUGCGGCCCUGUUAUGGAAACGUCUGCUGUAUGCCAAACGUAGCAGGAAAGGUAUCUUUGCCCAGAUUGUAUUGCCAGCAGUAUUUGUUUGCAUUGCCCUGGUCUUCAGCCUGAUUGUGCCACCCUUUGGUAAAUAUCCUAGCUUGGAGCUCCAUCCUUGGAUGUAUGAUGAACAGUAUACAUUCAUCAGCAAUGAUGCUCCAGAGGAUGAUGGUACCCAGAAGUUGGUGGGAGCACUGACUGAGCCUGGCUUCGGCACACGAUGCAUGGAUGGCAACCCUGUUCUUGAAUACCCAUGUUUGGCUAGUGACGAAGAAUGGAUCACUCCUUCAGUUUCGACAGCUGUAAUGGACAUCUUUCAGAAACGGAACUGGACAAUGGAAAAUCCCUCACCUUGCUGUGUCUGCAGUAGUGAUGGUGAGAAAAAAAUGCUCCCAGAAUGUCCUGCAGGUGCAGGAGGCUUGCCUCCUCCACAGAAGAGGCAGAAAACUGACGAUAUCCUCCAGAAUCUAACAAACAGAAAUAUAUCUGACUAUCUUGUGAAAACCUACCCGCAGAUAAUUGAGAAAAGCUUAAAGAACAAGCUAUGGGUCAAUGAAUUUAGGUAUGGAGGGUUUUCAUUGGGUGUUAGCAACAAUCAGUUUCUACCCCCAGCAGCUGAUGUUAAUGAUGCUAUCUCACAAGUCAAGCAUGUCUUCCGCCUCACAAAGGAAAGUGCUGCUUACAAAUUCCUCGGAAGCCUUUCCAGGUUUGUCGAAGGAGUGGAUGCUAAACAUAACGUAAAGGUUUGGUUUAACAACAAGGGCUGGCAUGCCAUUACCUCAUUUCUGAAUGUGAUUAACAAUGCCAUUUUGCGUGCUAAUUUACCAAAAGGGGAGGAUGCCAAAACUUAUGGAAUCACUGCAUUCAACCACCCUCUCAACCUCACUAAGGAACAGCUGUCUCAAGUUGCUCUGAUGACAACAUCUGUGGAUGUUUUGGUCUCUAUCUGCGUCAUAUUCGCCAUGUCAUUUGUCCCUGCAAGCUUUGUGGUAUUCUUGAUUCAAGAGCGAGUCAGCAAGGCUAAGCACAUGCAUUUCAUCAGCGGAGUGAAGCCUGUUAUCUAUUGGCUUGCCAACUUCAUUUGGGAUAUGUGCAACUAUAUAGUUCCAGCCACCCUUGUCAUAAUCAUCUUCAUCUGUUUCCAACAAAAGUCCUAUGUCUCCUCUUCAAAUCUGCCAGUACUGGCCCUUCUGCUGUUACUUUAUGGGUGGUCUAUCACUCCUCUGAUGUACCCAGCAUCUUUCUUGUUUAAGAUCCCAAGCACUGCGUAUGUCGUAUUGACUAGUGUAAAUCUCUUCAUUGGAAUUAAUGGCAGUGUUGCUACCUUUGUCCUGGAGCUGUUUACAAAUAAUAAUCUGAACAGUAUUAAUGAAAUUCUGAAGUCUGUGUUUCUGAUUUUCCCUCACUUCUGUCUGGGCCGAGGUUUAAUUGACAUGGUGAAGAAUCAGGCCAUGGCUGAUGCUUUAGAACGGUUUGGUGAAAAUCGUUUCAUCUCCCCGCUGUCCUGGGACCUGGUAGGGCGGAAUCUGUUUGCCAUGGCAGUAGAGGGUGCAGUCUUCUUUUUUAUUACAGUGUUAAUACAGUACCGGUUCUUCAUCAAGCCAAGGCCUGUGACUGCCAAACUUUCCCCAGUGAUUGAAGAAGAUGAAGAUGUGGCAAGAGAAAGGCAGAGAAUACUGAGUGGAGGUGGGCAAAGUGACAUUCUGGAAAUCAAAGAAUUAACCAAGAUCUACAGAAUGAAGAGAAAGCCGGCUGUAGACAGACUUUGUGUUGGAAUUCCACGAGGGGAGUGUUUCGGAUUGCUGGGUGUGAAUGGUGCUGGGAAAACAACGACUUUCAAGAUGUUAACUGGAGACACUGAUGUAACUAGAGGCGAGGCUUUCCUUAAUGGCCACAGCAUUCUGUCCAACAUUCAUGAAGUACACCAAAGCAUGGGCUAUUGUCCUCAGUUUGAUGCAGUUAAUGAACUGCUCACUGGAAGAGAGCACCUAGAACUCUACGCACUGCUACGGGGUGUGCCACAAAAAGAAGUUUGCAAGGUUGCUGAGUGGGCUGUGCGUAAACUGGGGCUCGUGAAAUAUGCAGAAAAAGCAGCUGGAAAGUACAGUGGUGGUAACAGGCGAAAGCUCUCCACUGCAAUUGCUCUGAUUGGAGGACCACCCGUAGUAUUCCUGGAUGAACCGACGACAGGAAUGGAUCCAAGGGCCAGGCGUUUCUUAUGGAAUUCCAUUCUUAGUAUUAUCAAGGAAGGCCGAUCUGUAGUGCUAACAUCUCAUAGCAUGGAAGAAUGUGAAGCACUUUGUACUCGAAUGGCGAUAAUGGUAAACGGCAGGUUCCGAUGUUUAGGCAGUGUGCAGCACCUCAAAAACAGGUUUGGAGAUGGUUAUACAAUAGUAGUACGUAUAGCAGGACCAAAUCCAGACCUGAAGCCUGUGGAGGAAUUCUUUGAACAUGCCUUUCCUGGUGUUGUUCUCAAGGAAAAACAUCGCAGCAUUCUUCAGUACCAGCUCCCUUCUUUGAAGUCUUCCCUUGCCAGAAUAUUCAGCAUCCUAGCCAAAAACAAAGAACGACUCCGAAUCGCAGACUACUCUGUUUCUCAAACAACUCUUGACCAAGUAUUUGUAAAUUUUGCCAAGGACCAAAGUGACGAAGAUCAUCUAAAAGACUUUUCAGUAAAGAAGCAAACUGUCAUAGAUAUUGCACUCCUGACAUCCUUUCUGCAAGAUGACAAAGUGAAAGAAAGUUAUGUUUGAUUUGCCUAGCUCAUGAAAGAACACUGCUAAAGGGAAGAGGUGAAAGAGAGCUUUUCCUUUUAGGAAAUAUGUUCCUUCAAAGGGGAAAAGAGGCAGAGUUAAUGAAACUGGUCACUCUGCUAUCAUUCAAUGCAACAAAAUGCAAUGCAAAGAGAAAUUCCACUAUUUUUGUAAAGGGGCGGGGCCUCUUGUGAUCCUCGCCUGUUUGUACUGUUGUAAAAGACAAACUUGAAGAUAGUUAGCUUCUGCUAAAGUAUGACAUUGUGAAACUGGUCAUUUUACCCAUGACAGUAAUGUGGGUACAACUUAAACAGAAACUUAUACAUAUGUAUGUAUGUAUGUGUGUAUACAUAUAUAUAUAUAUAAUGUUUAUAUAGUAUUUUUGCUAGGGUGCAACAGUUAUAUAGUCCUUGUUGAGUCAUGGCCAGUGAUUAUUUAUUUACCUGUAAUUCAGGUCAUACAGUAACAGCAGUGGGGUGUAGCACUUUGGAUAAUGCCUCCUUGUAGGCCUCAUACAUAUCUUGUAUGUAGAGAAGCAGGUAUUCUGUGUUGGUUGCCUCCACUAGAAGUUGUUACAUCCCAAUCAGUUUUCUCAUGCAAGGACACUGUUGGCCUAUCCGUAUUGCAUCACAAACAGUAAUCCAGUGAACAGCUGCUGUCCUUUGUGAAGUGCAACACUUCCAUUUACCUGUUUGUAAUAAUACAGGGAUGCACAUCAUAAAUACUAAUGUGAAUUUUUGGUAUUCUUUUACAGUUUUUUAACCACUUGGGGAAACAGUCAUGGCAAGUCAGAUUAAGAAAUCACAGUACAUUUUUAUCUCAGAAUUAUUACGACAGCCACUGUGGACACAGAGGUUCUGUUGUGAAAUCUAGUAAGAGUUUUUGAGACUCCACCUCACAUUGCCUGUGUUACAGUGCCAAAGUAUGCUUAGUUUUUGGUAACCAGUGUUGUGAGGAUGCUGUUGCUUCAUCAUCACUUUAUUUGUCGAGGGAUUAGCUGUAAGCACACUGUAUUAGCUAUAGAUUAACUGCUGCACAAUCAGAUGUAACUAAAAACUAAAACCCAACAUUAUAUAAAUUUGGUAGCAAGUAUUACCUUAAAGGAAUGAUUUAUGUUUCACUUAAAAUAUAUAUUUUAGGAAAAGUAUAUCUUCCCCCAUAUAUACUCGCUGAGAAAAUGUAACAGACAUAUUUAAAAAAAAACAUUUGGGGGCAUGGGCAAGGGUUUGAUACUAUUUACAGUUAAAAAAAAUCCUUUUGAAUACAGUUGCAAUAGAGGUGCUAAUCUGCUCUAAAAUCAAUUUAUGGACUUAAAGUAACAUAAAUAAAGUAAUUACACGUUUGCACUUUC